AUGGCUUUCGAGACUUACAAACCUUCGCUUGAUGAUCCAAACGCUUGGGUACCAUACCGAUACUAUCCCAGCAUUCCUGCUGCUGCCAUAUUCAUCGCUCUUUAUUCUAUCGUAACCAUUGCUCAUAUCGUUAUCAUCGUCACACGUCGAACAUGGUCAUUCACACCUUUCAUUAUCGGUGGUCUUUUUGAACUCGUCGGCUACAUCGGACGGGCUAUUUCGGCCGGAGACAUUUGGGCUCUAGGACCAUAUAUUGUUCAAAGCAUCUUACUUCUUGUGGCACCGGCGUUAUUCGCUGCAUCGAUCUAUAUAAUACUCGGCCAGAUUAUGGUCUUUGUUAACGGAGGAGAAUUCUCUUUAGUGCCGAGGAGAUGGUUGACGAAGGUAUUUGUCGCUGGAGAUGUCAUCUCGUUUCUUCUACAAAUGGCCGAUUUCCUCAAUCUGGGCGAGAAAAUCAUCAUUGCUGGACUUUUUGCACAAAUUGUCUUCUUUGGAUUUUUCAUCGUCGUUGCUAUAACCUUUGAGGUACGAUUCACGCGACAUCAAGCGGCAUUGAGUCUGAAACUUGCCAAAUGGAAAAAGCACAUGUAUACGUUAUAUGUCGGCUCCUUGCUCAUCAUGGUCCGGUCCAUUUUCCGCGUCGUCGAGUACUUGAUGGGUAACAACGGCUUCUUACUUCGACACGAGUACCUUCUUUACAUUUUCGACGCUACCCUGAUGUUUCUCGUCAUGGUUCUAUUUCUUUGGGUUCAUCCAGGUCAACUUCGAACUUCACCCUCUCCCGAAGAAGCAACCUAUACCUUGGAUAUUGACGCAAACAACGCCUUAAAACAGAAGGGAUCUUCUCACCACCGAAGCCAUCGGGUAUAG